UCCUUAUGAAUCUGGGAUUUUUUUCUUUUCCAGAUGACCCUGUGCGCACGGCUCGAGAUCGUCACCUUCACCCUUGUAGCAGUUGUCUUAGCAUGUACAUAUGGACUAAAAAUAGACCUCUCCCGACUCGCCUUUCAGAGACCAAGCCUCUUUUCGAAAAGAACCGACUCAGGAUGUUACGGCAACCCAUGCGAAGCCUCGAAGCCAUUUUUAUGUCGCGAUAGCCCGAAGUGUGUGGCCCUCAAAUAUGUGUGCGACGGAACUUGGGACUGUGAAGGCGGUUUCGACGAGGAUCCAGCUGUCUGUAACGCAGCUUCUAGGCCAUCAUUUGACGACUUACUUUUCUUCGUGCAAAACCAAAGAAAAUGGAUGAUCCCGGAACUGUUUAAUGGAGCUGACCCCGAGCUCGUUGCACACGCUCUGUCGGUGGCCAACGACAUGCAGGAUCUGUCAGACCAGGUGGGCAUGACCCAAGAGAACGUGGAUCGGCUGCAUAAAGCCUUCGAGGCAGCUGUGGAGGGCGACGAGAGACCUCUGCUGGACAUGGGCAUGUCGGAAAGAUCAUGGCACGAGGUUCAGUACGUGCUACAACAGUUGCUGGACAGCGGGUUCAAGCUCUAGGAGUUCGCCCGACGGUUGGAGGUCUAAGGCACAAAACAGCUUUCUGACUUCUAGAAUUCCAAAAACAACAAUAUUGUUCCAAUAAAAGAAAGCAUGUGAAUGAAACA